AUGUCAGAUAUUUUGCCUUUGCAGCUACAGAGUCAAGGUGAAGUUACCAUGGAGUCAAGGGAAGGAAUUUCAGGUGUGACGGUAAUAUCUCCAGAAGCUCCGUCGAGCUUCCAUGUUGCGCCAUGGAAGGAAAACACGACUCCUGUCACUGGUGUACAGCCCAUGACGCCAUCCGUGGCAAGCAGAGGCUUGUCUGCUACGUCAGAGAAGAAGAAGAGAGGUCGUCCAAGGAAGUAUGCACCAGAUGGUUCUGCUCAAAUGGUGCUUUCACCGACACCUAUAUCAUCAUCAGCUCCACCGGCCUCUGGAAACUUCUAUGUUGAGCAAUCGAGUGUUGUCCGGCCAACUGUUUCGGAGAAAAAGCAUAAGAUUAAAGUUGGGACAGAUAAAUUAGGUGAACAGGUUUCAUGCUCUACUGGUGGAAGUUUUUUGCCCCACCUUCUCACUGUUGAUCCUGGUGAGGAUGUUUCAGGUAAGAUUAUGUCAUUCUCUUUAGAAGGACCUCGAGCUAUUUGCAUAAUUUCCGCUGUUGGUUUGAUCUCGAAAAUUACACUUCGGCAGCCUAAUUCAUCUGGGAAUACCUUGACUUAUGAGGGUCGGUUUGAAAUUCUCUCUCUGUCCGGAUCUUUUACUCCUUUGGACAUGGAAGACUCGAGAUCUGGCAUCAUGAGCACCUCUUUGUCAAGUCCUGAUGGUCGUGUUGUGGGAGGUUUGAUUGCUGGACUGAUGAUUGCUGCUAGUCCUGUACAGGUGAUUGUCGGCAGUUUUCUACCAAGCGGCCACCCUGAGCUAAAACCCAAGAAGCCGGAAGGAGAAACCACAUUGAAUAUCAACGCAUCAAUCCCUGUUGGUAUCCCUCAUUCUUUCGAUGCAGUGAAUAAGAGCUUCGACACAGGCAAUAUUGCGCCUCAAUCUACAGUCAUGACGAAUAAUUUGGGGGCUGUUCCAACUGCGGAAAACUCGAGCAAGUCCACAACGGACAUCAAUAUAUCCUUGCAGGGAUAA